GCUGCAGAGUGAGCAGCGAGCAGCGGGGAAACACAGCCCUCCGCCCCAGCCAGCCUCCGCGUGUGUUCCCUCUGUCGGGAGAGCGCCAAUGCCCGGGCCGACCCAAACCUUGUCCCCAAAUGGCGAGAACAACAACGACAUCAUCCAGGAUAACGGGGCCAUCAUUCCUUUCCUGAAGCACACUGUGCGCGGGGAGCGGUCCUACAGUUGGGGAAUGGCGGUCAAUGUGUAUUCUACCUCGAUAACCCAGGAGACUAUGAGCAGGCAUGACAUCAUUGCAUGGGUUAAUGACAUCGUGUCUCUAAACUACACAAAAGUGGAACAGCUCUGUUCAGGAGCAGCCUAUUGCCAGUUCAUGGACAUGCUCUUUCCGGGCUGCAUUAGUUUGAAGAAGGUAAAUUUUCAAGCAAAGUUGGAGCAUGAGUAUAUUCACAAUUUUAAACUUCUGCAAGCAUCAUUUAAGCGGAUGAAUGUUGAUAAGGUAAUUCCAGUGGAGAAGCUGGUGAAAGGGCGUUUCCAAGACAACCUGGAUUUUAUUCAGUGGUUUAAGAAAUUCUAUGAUGCUAAUUAUGAUGGGAAGGAGUACGAUCCUGUCGAGGCACGACAAGGACAAGAUGCAAUUCCUCCCCCUGACCCUGGCGAACAGAUCUUCAACCUGCCCAAGAAGUCUCACCAUGCAAACUCCCCCACAGCAGGUACAUUCAUUGAAACUUGCCCUAGAAGGUGUGGAGAAAGAGAGGGAUUUCUACUUCGGGAAGUUGAGAGAGAUCGAUCUGCUGUGCCAAGAACGUGGGCAGGAAAACGAUGACCUCAUACAGCGACUAAUGGAAGUGCUCUAUGCUUCAGACGAACAGGAGGGCCAAACAGAAGAGCCAGAAGCAGAAGAGCAAGCCCACGACCAACAGCCCCAGCAGCAAGAAGAGUACUGAACCAUCUCAGCAGCUCUUGACACUUCCAUCGUGUGUGGGGACUUUUCUUCUGGAGAAUUGGAACAUGUGUGGCCUGGAGCUCGGUAGAAACCAGCUGUUCCCAACCUGCCGUUACCAUCCACAGCGAAAUCGCAUCUGCCAGCCAUUGCACUUGGUCCCAUUUCCUUUGCCAAGAUGCAUUCGCAGAAGGCCAUUCUGGUCACCUGCCUGCGAGGUCAUAGGGUCACAUACCUUCAACUUCACCAGUUGGCUGCUUGAAAUUGGUUCUACUCUUCCUCAUUUCUUUCCAGAACAACUCUUUUCCCACCCCACCACCACCACCAUCACCACCACCACCACCACCACCACCCCUUUUUAUCCUGGUGUGAAACAAUGGUAAUUUGGUAUAUGGUAUUUAUAUUGGCAUUUCUCAACCCAGUGUCACUAGAUGUCACAUGCAUUUGUGGUGCUUUAAUGUUUGCGAGUCUAACCUCCUAUCAUAAAUUUGGUCAGAUAAGUAAUUGGAACAAAGGGAAACAGAUACUUGAUAUGAAAGCCAUAUGACAGUAGCUUGUGUCAUGGGAAAACACAGUUUCUCCCUCUACUCACAACACUAAAGGGAAAAAAAAUGGAUUCAAAACUAGGAUUUCAGGGCCCAGCAGUGUUGAUAGAGCAGCAUAUUAGACAACCACAGUUGUUAGUUUUCAGACAUUCAUUCACAGACAACACCAUCUCAGCUUUGCCUUUGCUCCGUGUGCCCUGCCCUCCCUCCCCACUUCCCAGGCUCUCGUGUUAUUUUCUUUUCUCAGGGUCCUCUUUGGUGGGGGUCCAUUCCCCGCAAGAUGUUGUCAUUGGCAGUCUGCAGUUCCUAAGCCAGGGGGUGUCUCAGAAGGCUUCCUGCCUCAUCCCUCUUCUUCCUUGUAAGGGCUUCAACACAAGCCCUACAAUUCACAUUAGGGGAUCUAUAUUAAAGGGUAACUUGAGGAUGUACCCAACAUGCCAGCCUUCUGCAUUGGGUUGGCCUGGCUGCAAGGUUGGAAGUGAAGACUUGACUGGUAGCAUGACUUCAAGGAAGAAGUGUAGCUCUACACAGAAACACCAGUGACUCCCAGUACCCUAUGGAGUAAGGACUCUCCCCACCUCUGCAAUACAGGGGCCUUCCUUGUCAUUGACAUUUGCUAAACCAUGGCAAUUUAUAACAUAGGAAACAUUAAUGAAUUGAAAGCAUUCCUUGUCUUUAACUAAUAUUUGCACAUUUUCUUAGUGUCUUUCCUGGCCGUUGCCUGUCUUCCCCUUUUGACAGAUGGUGUCCCUCCUAGCUCCCUCCUUUCAUUUGGUUUUCCUAACUUUAGGUUUACUGUCACUGGUCAUUUGGCCAGCAAGUGCAGAAAAACAAGAAACAAAUGUGCCCCCCCCACUUCCACUUAAAAAUCUCAAAAUAAAUUUCUGAAUUAUGCAUCAUAAA